AUGUCUUCAUUAGCCGGAUAUUUACCCAGGAAUUUUUCUGGUACUGAGACCAUUGAUGUGAUAUUCUCAAUUUCAGGGUACAAUAAGCAAGUUACCUCCUUACAAAGAAGAGCAAGACGCUGGUGUAUUUACCAAAGGAGGUAUAACAAUUGGUCUGAACAAGUCAGGUCUGGUAUUCAUCCUUCAUCCCAGCAACACCAAGAUGGAGAUCGAGCAACAAGUGAUGUUCACAAGGAUACUGGAGUAAGAUAUGCUCCCUAUGCCAUUCCAUCCUGUCAUCGGAGAGGCAAUUUUCAGAAACAAGAUGAAACCCAUGUUAACAAGGAGACAGAGCAAAAGCCUCCAGAGAGACGAAUGGAGAGAAACAGGCAGGAUGAGACCUUGGGGAGCUGGUUCAAGACCACAAUUCCCUUCGGUAUUCAAUAUGAUGAGAAGUGGCUGCUGAAUUUGAUUCAGAAGCAAUGCAGUGUCCCCUUCACCCCAGUCGAACUUCACUAUGAGAAAAUGCAGGCCCAGUUCUUCGUUGAGAAUGCCAACAUUGCCUUCGCACUGAAGAAUGUCAAUGGCAAGAUUUACAAUGAGGCUAAUGAAAGUAUAUCUAUCUUUGUUGAUCCCUGUGAUGCACUGCACUCUGUGCUGAAGGAGCUGAGGUCAGAAAAGGUGGAGCAGAUAAAGCUGCCCAUGAAGGAACGACACGAUGCCUCCCAGCAAUCUCUUGACAUCCAGAGGCUCUGCUCUGACCCUGACUUGAUGACCCGUGAUACUGGAAUGCCGCGAAACCCUAGAAAUGGCAUGGCCGCCUCCCUGCAGAUCCAUCCAGGGAAUAUGCCCAAGCUUUUGCCCUUGGAGCUGAGCAAUAAGAAACCCUACCAGCUGCAUGGCCUGUCCAACUCUAUGCCGAAUGCUUCCAACACCAAGAACUUGAACCUCUCCAACACUGAGGUGAAGUCUGCAGGGGAGAUGGACAAGGGUGAGCGGCUGGAGCCAGAAGGGAUGUGUGCAGACAGAAACCCCCUGUGCACCAGCUUCCCUGAUAAGUCAACCAACAUAAGGUCAGAUGUAUCCUCUGAGCUACUCCCGAAAGUGGCCGUUUGCAAGGGGCAGCUGACAUGGACCUCAGGGAGGACUACAGGCCCUAUGCUCUCCUCUCUGCAUCACAAAGUUGACAAAGUUUCAACCAACAUCCAAUGGGCCCCCAGCCCAAUAUCUGCAUAUUUUACAUUCUUACCUGCUGUGUCUGAGCCAUUCUGGGGCAGCUCCAUCCUGGAAUUGUUCCCCAAGUUACUAACCUUGGGCGGCCAGGAGACAUCCCCACUGGCUAAGUGUGGUAUUGAAGCCUGCAAGCGCUUACCAACCUGCAAGGGCAGCUACUUUGGAUCUGAUGAGCUGAAGAGCCUAGUCCUGCAAUUCCUGCAGCAGUACUACUUGAUCCAUGACUAUGGAGACCGACGGUGUCUCGUGGGUGCUUAUCACGAGCAGGCCUGCUUCUCCCUGACCAUUCCCUUCCACCCCGAGGACCCAGCCCCAAGCAGCUUGUGCGAGUACUUCAAGGACAGCAGGAAUAUGAAGAAGCUCACGGACCCCCACCUGCGGGUCCAGCUGCUGAAGCACACAAAUCGUGUCAUUGUGCACACCCUCUGUGUGUUGCCCAAGACUCAGCAUGACUUAAGCUCCUUCGUGGUGGACACGUGGUUCCAGACGGAAACGAUGCUCUGCUUCUCCGUCAGCGGGGUGUUCAAGGAAGUGGAAGGAAGUUCUCAGGGCUGCGUGCGUGCCCUCACCCGGACCUUCAUCGCUACCCCUGCCAGCUACUCCAGUCUUUGCAUCGUGAAUGAUGAGCUGUUUGUGAGUGACUCCAACCCCAAGAAGACUGAGUCUGUGUUCUUCAUCCCAAAGCCUACAUGCUGUGCUAGCUCCAUUCCCACCCUCUCCAUGGAGCGGCAGGAAAUGGUGCAGGCUUUGUCCACCUGGUCUGGGAUGAACCUCCAGGAUUCUCAGAAGUGA